CUCGCGCUUAGUACCGCUGUAUUUUAUGCUCGAACCACCACACGGAGAACGUUUUGUACGUUAUACCAUACUAUAUACUAUAUACUGUUCGUUUUUCAUUGCGCGACAUAACAUCGCCUGGAGCAAUUGAGUUACAGAAACAACUAAUUCUUAGUCUAUUCAAAAUUACACUUAAAAAUUAUUAUUACAAAGAAUUUCAUUGUAAAAAUGAAUAUAUUCAAUGAAAUAUGAGUGUUCGUGGUUAUUUAUGAACGGGUAUAUUUAUUAGUGAUAUAAAAAUGAUUGAUCGGAGUAAAUUUCUCGAGCCAAGUGUUGGAAAUUCAUUUAGUGAAAUUAUUUCACGUACUGAGUUGCUAAGAAACCGGUAGAGAAACGAGACCAUUAUCAUUAACGUGUCUAUAUUUAUAUAUUUAUAUUAAUUAAUAUAAUAAAGCUUCUAGAUUGUUCGACUAAAUCCAAUAAAAUUUAAAUAAAGAGUAAUUUAUAUAAAUAAACAAAAUUUAAAAUAAUUAUUUAAUGAUUAAAGUACGACGAAGAAUUUCGUGAUGAUUUAGAUCCGGUUGUGAAGAAAAAAACAUUGGCCUUUUCAAGGCCGACUACAUUGGCUAUCGUCUGUUCACCUCGGAAUACAGAGACCAAGACACCACGAACAUCUUCGAUGACUCGUUGUCAUAAUAUUUAAAUCUACCGCCUUUUACAUUAUUUUUAUGACGAAAAUUACGGAGUUAUUAUCGGUGGGAAAAAAUAUAAAAGUACUAAAUAGGGAAGUAAAGUGUAAAUUAAGUAUCUCCGGGUCGGGAACGAGCAAUCGCGGGCCAACGCACUCGACCUAGCGGUGUGCAAAGUGAAAAGGCGGUCGUAGAGGCCGCGGCUUUCACCGAAGGAUUUAACGCCGCUUGCUUGGAUUCUAUAUGUACACUGUAACUAUUUCCAGUGGCCUCCAGUUCACUUACACGGCACAUAACAGCCUCUGUUGGAGUUUUUUUGCGAUUAAAAUAACCGAUAUGACAUGAAAAUUUUGUAAUAUUUUUUUUUGUGGUAACUGAUAAGGUGCGCGAGUGGCUUCGAAUAUUAUUAUUAUUAAAAAAACUCAUAAGAGAAAUCGGAGUAAUGAUUUAAAAAAUAAUGGAGUCGAUCAAUGAAAAAAAUUGAAAAAAUUUGAAUUUUCUUGAAAUAAAAAAAUAAAUAAAAGUGAAAAAUAGCAUGGAAAUGUUCAUAACAGAAUCACCAAAUGGACCGGCGGUCUCUAAAUUCGCCUCCACAAAUUCAAUACCCUUAAGCUUAGAAGAGGCAAGCGUACCAGUAACCCCUGGUAUUUUACGAGAUGGUAAAGCGCGACGUCACAGUGUCCUGGAGGACUUAAAAGCACGUCGUGACAGUUUAUUCCAACGUGCAAGGCGUGCCAGUAUCUUUGAGGAGAAGGAUAAAUACAAAGACAAAGAGAAAAAUAAAGAGAAAGAUAAAGACAAAGACAAAGAUAAAGACAAAGAAAAUAAAGAUAAGCGUCGCAGUAGCGAGGGCGCCAGACGUGGUUCGGUAUUCUACGUUUCUGACGACCUUCUUGAGGAGAACCAAGAAGUUUUAGCAAAUGAGAAUGUUAUUAGAGAACGUGAGGCCAAAAAGGGACGACGAAAAUCCUGGCAUCCUUUGGUGAAAACGCCAAAAUCUGACCGCAAGCGCAAGAAAGGCCUGUCUGGGAUAUCUUCAGAAGCUGGUAGCGCAGAAGCCCUCUACACUGGCAGACAGAAACGACUGUCAUGGUGGAAUAUCUUUGUACCGGACUCGGUAUCCAGGUCACGUCGCAUGUCGCAGCAAGAUGUUACACUGACAAGAUCUACGGAAAAUCUGGCGACGUCCUUCUUUCGGAGUAAGAGCCGUAGUGUGGACCAUGGAUUCACGACACCAUACGACUUGGAAUCACUUCGCAGCAAAGUUGAGAGUCGUUUUGAAUCUGUGGAUAAACUAUCCAGAGAUUCAGACAGCGAGAGCAAAGAUGGAUCUAGUUCGCAUGAAAAGAAACAUGUUAAACUUACACAGCCAGAAAAUACUGUUGCUUAUACGGUGGGUAACAGAGAUACGCUGACAUCAGUGGCAGCAAGAUUUGAUACAACGCCAUCUGAAUUGAGCAAACUAAACCGACUUGGCAGUACCUUUGUAUACCCGGGCCAGCAGCUCUGGGUUCCGAUAAAAGGAGAAGCACGUCUUGGUGGCGAUGGAACGGCCCUGGAUGCCCCGAGUCCAGAUCCCGGUCACGAUCAUGAUUCUCAAGAUGAUUUGCCACCGGAAGAAAAAGAAUUAUUGGAUAACUUACGGCCUGUUUCUCCAAAACCAGGUCAUAUGGAACGAGUUAAAACCCCACUUGACAGUGGUAAUGCAGCAGCUAUGGACGAGGAUGAGCCAGCCUACAGAGAGAGAUUUUUGAAGAUCAACGUUCGUCAUAUCACCGAUGGACAGGGUGUAGUCGGAGGUGUUUUAUUGGUCACUCCAAACGCCGUAAUGUUUGAUCCCAAUGUGUCUGACCCGCUGGUCAUUGAACACGGAGCCGAGUCUUACGGUGUGAUAGCGCCAAUGGAGUUUGUAGUUAACGCAGCGAUUUAUUAUGACAUUGCCCACAUGCGGGUUAGUCAUACAGAUACCAUGAGUACAGACAAGAAACCAGAAAUUUACUACAUGAAGAAACCCGAGAGAAGUGACGCCCGGAAAUGUUUAUCGCCUGGCAAAGACGAUAACUUCUCCGAACUUGCUGGCGAUGACAACGAAAGUGUCUGUAGCUGCGCUGAAAGAGAAGGUGACGCGUUUCCAAAGGCUUUUGAACGAGACCUCGUCACUCCUACAAAUUUACAAAUUGAGGAAGGAGCGACUGCUAAAGACAAAGAUAAGGAUAAAGAUAAAGAUAAAGAAAAUAAAGAUACAGAUAAGGAUAAAUUGGAUGAAAACGUUGAUAAGGAACUUGGUGUCGGGCAAGCGAGCAGGACACUCGAGGAACGCAGGCGUUCUAUGCUGGAUCACCAUUGGGCCGUUCCCAGCAAAGACAGAUGCUCAUUUUCCGUCGACGAUGAGCAACAAGAUUCCAUUAAUUCCGACAAAAGUCAACCGGAGCCAGCAAAGCCGAAUGCCGUUCCCGAGGGUGAAGACGGAUCUCUAGUCAAACUGUCGUGCUAUGAUUCUGGUAUCGACAUUCGUGAACCUAAUCCCCCACUUCCCGUAGUGCAACCUAUCCCAUCAAAAAAAAAAUAUUCGGACGCGGACAUAGUUUUAUCUACAGAUUGGGUGCCACCGAUAACGAUCGCCCCUACCAAUGUCUCAUCCGGGAGUGCUCUGGACGUCCUGUCGGUAGUAAAUGGUGGCGGCAGAAAGAAGGCCAGUUCUGUAUCCUUCAGCUUGGACAGCAACGCCGAGGAGCCGGAGAAAGAUGAGGAACACAAAGACGAGGACAAACAAGAGACUCGUAGAAACAAAAUGUUGAAGAGGCUGUCGUACCCAUUGUCCUGGAUGGAGGGUCUCACUGGUGACAGCAAAGACGAAGACACCAGUAAACCCGCGUCUGAAAAAGUACCCAGCCUUCCUAACAGCGCCGACAGUCAUCACUCAUCGGUAUUCAGUAAAGUAUUCUCAAGGCGUUCCUCGGUGGGUACGUUCAUUCGACAGCAGCCUUUGACCUCGUCAGGCAGCAGCAGCGUCGACAGCACCCGGGGAAAUAAAACUUCAACAGCACCACCGCGAUUGGAUUAUCGUAGCAUGGUUUCCGUCGACGAUAUGCCUGAACUAUUUGUUAGCUUUGACAAAUUGAUCCCAAGACCAGCACGAAGCUGCGAGGAUCCACCACUGUACCUGAGAUUACGAACUGGCAGACCGAAGGACAAGAAAAUUCCUCGAUCCACCCCUAUAAUGAGCUACGGAAAGAAAAAACUUAGACCCGAGUACUGGUUUAGUGUCCCACGCAACAGAGUGGAUGACUUGUACAGAUUUAUCCACGUAUGGGUGCCGAGUUUGUAUGGAGAAUUGGACGAAAACUAUUGGAUCGAACGUGGGUACAUUCUGUUUGAAACGGACACCGAUCUGUCGCCAGAAGUGUCGCCGCAGGAAGGCGAACCCGGUGAAUCAGCGGAAGAAAAUAAAACGACACGUGACGGUGAUGAGAUAACUGAGUUGACUCGUGAGUCAUGGGAGGUUUUGUCUAUGAGCGAUGAAUUACGAAGAGCUUUGUACGCCAACAGUGCCAUAUCUCUUGACGUAGAUGUUAUUGUCCCUGAUCUGGUUGGCACCACGGAAAUAUUGAGCGAUGAUCACAGAGAACAUUUGUGUCGUCAUUUGCCAGCACGUGCUGAGGGAUAUCUUUGGACACUGGUAUUCAGUACGAGUCAACAUGGAUUCAGUUUGAAUAGCAUGUACAGAAAAAUGGCUAAAGUUGAAAGCCCUAUUCUUCUAGUCAUUGAAGAUACUGAGGGAAAUGUAUUUGGAGCCCUCACGUCAUGUUCACUUCAUGUCAGUGAUCAUUUUUACGGAACUGGAGAAUCUUUACUAUUCAGGUUUACUCCAAGGUUCCAGGCAUUUAAUUGGACUGGUGAUAAUCUUUAUUUCAUUAAAGGAAAUAAUGAAAGUUUAGCUAUUGGUGCUGGAGACGGUAAAUUUGGUCUGUGGUUAGACGGAGAUUUAUAUCAAGGCAGAACACAAUCAUGCAGUACAUACGGUAAUGAACCACUUGCCCCACACGAAGACUUUGUCGUGAAAACACUAGAAUGCUGGGCAUUCAUAUAGGAUUCAAUAACCGGCUCCGUGUCAACAUUCUUGCCGCAGCCGAACUUAACUUGAGCUCGUGAUUUCUGGUGGACAUUAAGAAAAAAAAAAAAAAAAUGAAAUUUAAAACAAUCCCAGUGUCAGGAGAGAUCAGACUAAUUUUUUCGUAUCACUGAUUAUUAAUAGUCUCCAUAACAUAUAAUUUGAUGUUAAAUAAAAUAAAUGGAGACUUAUAAUUACUGAUGAUCAUACACUAAAAUAAUAAUCGUUGCGUUAACGCUUUGACGUAAUAACGGCUAGUGUCAAGGCAGCUAGAGAUUUGUUAACCCACGAAAGAUAAUAAUAUAAAGAGAUAUAUAGUUUUCAAGAUUUAACAGUUUUAAUAAUAAUCAUUAUAAUAAUAAUAAUAAUAAUAAUAAUAAUAUUAAUAUUAAUAAUAACGAGAGUAUUUACGGUGAAGGAUUACGGAGAGAGAAAAUACAAUGACAGUUGAAUUUAUAAAUUAUCGACAAGCCGGCCGUUUUUAUUCAACUUUUAUUUUAUUAUUAUUAUUAUUUUUAAUUUCAUAUUAUUUAUUUACAUAUAUUUUUAAACGUAAGUUAAAUUUAUAAUUAAUCAUUUUUUUUGUUUUAAAAAAAUUUUAAAAACCGGUUUUAAUUUUUGUGAAUUGUAAAAUAGGCCAAUGAGAUUAUUGCGAUGAGUGUUAAUGUAAAUGAUAUAAUGAUAAUAAUUAAAAAAUAUAUAUAUUUAUAUACAUAUAAAUUAUAACGUGUAAGCGGUCCGAAUUCGGACGCAAUUAGCUGGAGAUCUAGGUGGCAUUUAACGAUGCUUGUACCUCAAUAAUUGAAUUAAGAUGCCACUGAUACGCUAAAUUAUACGUUUGUUGUGUAGAUACUGUAGAUAGUUAAUGUAAAUAUACAUAUACAUAUAUAUAUAAAUAUAAUUAAAAUUAAAAAUGAUACAGUGAUGCUGAAAAAAAUUUUCAGAUUAAUUAAUUGAGUGACGUAUGAUACGUUACGAAUAUUAAUAUUGAUAUAAAUAUAAAUAUAAACACUAUGUAAACAAUAUGAAUAUUAAUAUACUUAUUAAGCGUAGUCUUGAUGAACUUUAAAGUUCGUCUGGACAUUAGGAUCUGAACUAGCCGUAGAUAUUUCCUGUAUGAAUCGUACUGAUUAAUCAAAGAGAAUAAUUGUCAACAAAUACUUGUCAUCAUUCAAAUUAAUUGUUUUAAAAAAUUAUAAAUUAAUUCAUUGAUUAAUUAAUUGAGUAUAUUAUUUACUGAUAAAAAAAUUAAUAACAAUCAUCAAAAGCUAAAUGUAUUUCGACGGCGCAUUGAAUACAUCAAUCACACAACGAAAUUAUAAA